GGCAAGUGGACAAUGGACAAAAUGCAUUGAAAAUUUCUCCAACUAUAAAUAGGCAAACGCAAUGGUAGUAAGCACAUCAGUUCAUUUUCGUUCAUCAGACAGUGAAAACAAUCAACCUAAGCCUACAAUGAGUCCGCUUAUUAUUGCAGUUGUAGCCAGCUUGGCUCUAUCUGUCAACGCAGGAUUACUCCACCCAGCACCACUAGCAUACUCUACUCCUCUUGUGGCAGCACGAGCUGCUCCAUUGGCAUACAGUGCUCCAGUCUUAGCUGCCCGCGCCGCCCCAUUGUUAGCCGCUCCCGCCCCAAUUGUUGCCGCUCGUGCCGCUCCUUUGGUCGCUGCUCCAGUUGCCGCUGCUGCCCCUGUAUUUGCCGCCCGUGCUGCCCCAAUUGUAGCUGCUCGUGCUGCCCCAGUUGUUGCUGCUGCUCCAGUCGUUGCCGCUCGCGCUGAAGUCGUAGAUGCCCACCCACAAUACACAUACGCCUACGAUGUACAAGACGCUCUCACCGGAGACUCAAAGACCCAAGAAGAAACCCGUGAUGGAGACAUCGUCAAGGGAUCCUACUCUCUCAUCGAACCCGACGGUAGCCGACGCACUGUCAACUACUAUGCUGAUCCAAUCAACGGUUUCAACGCAGUCGUCCAAAAGGAUGUUCCAGUUGCCGCUGUUGCUGCUCCAGUUGUAGCCGCUAAGGCUGUUGCUGCCCCAGUCGUAGCUGCCCGAUCUGUCCUUGUCUAAACCGUCCAACGGAUAGAAAGAGAUAUAUAGUCUGUGUACCUGCGCGCUCGUCAACUACUGUGAAAAAUCUAGUACUGAAAUUUUUCAUCUCAUCAUCGCGACCUUAUCCUGCCAUUUUCAUUUAGAUCGAAAAUUAGUAUUGCAAUUUUAAGCGUCACAUCCAUUGUAAAUUUGUCACUUCAUUGUCAAUGUAAAUUUUUCUCGUCAUUUUUUUCAUUUAUACACACUCUACAAAAUACAUGCUCUUACAAGUAUUAUAAAAAA